AUGGUGGCCAACGUUGCGAGUCCGAGCGCCAGCAAUGGCGUCUCACCCUCUGCUGCCUGGCGUCCGCCUACAGACGCAGAGUCGACCACGUACCGCCAUCAGGCGUUGUUGCCGAAGCUGCCGAUCCCCGACCUGGAGGGCACGUGCCAGCGCUUCCUAGUGUCCGUCAAGGCUCUACAGACACCCGAGGAGCAGCAACAGACCGAACGCAGCGUCAAGGAGUUCCUGGCCAGUGACGGCCCGCGGCUGCACCAGCAGUUGCUCGACUACGACAAGGACAAACUCUCGUACAUUGAGGACUUUUGGUACGAGGCCUAUCUCAACCACCGCAGCUCCGUCGUGCUUAAUGUCAAUCCUUUCUUCGUAUUGGAGGACGACCCCACACCAUCGCGCAAUAACCAGCUCUCGCGGGCCGCGUCGCUCGUACUGGGCGCGCUCAAAUUCGUCAAUGCAUUACGUCGAGGCACACUGGAGCCCGAUAUGUGGCGCGGCAACAUGGCGCUGUGUAUGCACCAGUACAAGCGCCUCUUUGGCUGUGCGCGCGUGCCCUCGGACGGAGCUGACGACGUCAUGGUGGACGAGCUGUCAAAGCACAUUGUGGUGGUCUGCCGCAACCAGUUUUACUGGUUCGACGUCAUCUGGGAGGACGGCGUCACGGCCAUCACGGAGCGAGAGCUGCUGGCCAAUCUCAAGGCUAUUCACGAAGAUGCACUAAAGGCCGACGACGUUGAGGCCGCGUCCAAUGCUGUGGGUGUGCUCACCACGGAGCGUCGCGCCAAAUGGGCCAACCUACGUACCAAACUACAGGCCAAGAACAAAGACACAUUGGCCGUUAUCGACCGCGCGCUGUUCCUCGUCUGUCUGGACAUGACGUCGCCUCCAGACGCCGCAGCGUUUGCGGCCACGGCGCUACACGGCACGUAUAGUAUCACCAAGGACGGCGUGCAGACGGGCACGUGUAUGAAUCGCUGGUACGACAAGCUGCAGCUCAUCGUGUGUGAGAACGGCGUGGCCGGAUGCAACUUCGAGCACGCCUUCGUUGAUGGUCACACGGUGCUGCGCUUCGUGUCGGACGUCUUCACGGACACGAUCAUUCGCUUCGCACAGACGAUCCGUGCCGGUAACUACGCCUUCCUAGAGGCGUCGUAUCGCGCACCGCAGCUGAGCCCGUCCGAUACGCCCAGUCGUCCGCGUGUGCAGCCACAUAAGCUCGAGUGGGAGCUGGAUCAUGAAUUACAGGAAGGUAUCAAGUUCGCCGAAGCUCAACUCACAGACCUGAUGCUGCAGAAUGAGGUCAAGGUGCUCGAGUUCACGGCGUUCGGCAAGCUGUUCAUCACGCAGCACAAUAUGAGCCCAGACGCUUUCGUGCAGAUGGCCUUUGUGGCCGCUUACUACUUUCAAUACGGCAGCGCACCCUGCAUCUACGAGCCUGUACUUACCAAGCGCUUCUUGCAUGGCCGAACGGAGGCUGCGCGUGCCAUGACGACCGACGCACUGGAGUUCGUUGAGACUUUCUUUUCGGAGAAGACGCCGCUCGAAAAGAUCGGAUCGCUACGCAAAGCCAUCGCCACACACGUCACCAAUGUACGUGACUGCGCAGCCGGCAAAGGCCCCGAGCGCCAUCUCUAUGCUCUGGAGUGUCUGUGGCAGCACGAGAAGGCCGCCGACAGCAGCAAACCCACACCGGCACUGUUCGCAGACGACGCCUGGCGCAAACUGAACCAUUCGGUGUUGUCAACGAGCAAUUGUGGCAAUCCGAGUCUAAGGUUGUUCGGAUUCGGCCCCGUGGUGCCCGACGGCUUCGGCAUCGGCUACAUCAUUAAAGACGAAGGCAUCCAGUUCUGCGCAUCGUCGCGGCACCGCCAGACCGAGCGCUACCUCAAGAACCUCGAGUCGUACUUGCUGCGUGUGCAAGACCUGCUGAUGCACGAAGAGGAGAUUCGUUUCCCUCACAAUACAGCGGCAAAGAAGAAGACGGUGCAGGCGACGUUCAAGGGCUACGGAUUCUUCGACGACGGCGGCCAACCGACGGAGGUCAAGGCGCUGGCAUCUAUUGGAGCCGUCGGCAAGCCGCUCAUGUAG